AUGGCGGCGCCACCUUCUGCCGCGCAAGCUGAUGCUGCCGUUGCCCCUCCUAGUGCUGGGCCGAACGCCGCUCCCAGUGCCGGAACGGAAGCUGCCCCAACGACUGGUUACACAGUCGAGAUCAAGCCCAACUUCCGCCGCGCCGUUCGCGCUAUCACGAACACCUCAGCAUUCCAGAGGGCGACCUUUACGCUGAUCGACAAGGCCACGAAUCGCGAGAUUGCGUCGUCAGUCUUUGUCGGUCACGGCGCUAGGUCGCCCAUGACCCUCGAGUCCAACGGCUCGCCUGUGUGGAAGUUCGUUGGGAGGCCUGAGGCGAGGCUGGUGAAAGUAUACAUCGAGCACUCAUCUCGCUCCCCCAACGGCCCAUUUGCGCCGUCCAAGUUGGCCAAGCCCGUAACUAUCAAGAAGGAGCCCGACGAUGGAAAUAACGAGGAGUAUUACUUCUCUGUCUUUCUGUCCGAAGAGUGGACCGACAAUGAUUACGACGACGGCGUCGUCACUGUCGUUCAGUGGAAGUGA